AUGAACUUUGGAAAUUCUUCAUCAAAUCGAAAUAAGACAGUAUUUUCCACUCCCCACCUGCCACUAGCUCCCUCCCCCUUCGUGUUAGAAACUACCUUGUGGACUUUGAAAAAAUGUUUUUCUUUCUAUGGAUCAGCCUAGACAGACACCGGAAAGCCCGGACAGGUCUCGUUUUGCUCAGAACUCGAUGCGCAUUCAGAAGCGAUACCUGGCGGAGAUAAUGAGGAUUCCGAAGGGUUCGGAGAGAUUUCCAGAGAAUCGGUUUUUCAAUACAUCUCGUCAUUACUCUGCGACCCUUCGUGAGGCGUCUGAAUGCGCAUCGAGUUCGGAGCAAAAUGAGACCUUUUCGGGCUUUCUAGCCUGAGUUAUUGGUAAAUCUCUUAAGGAUUUCGAGUCAGUCGGAUCACUGGAAGUAAAAUGGCCUUAUCUCAGUCUAGAAAUAUGCUAGAAGACUCGAGGGCGUCCCAUUUUGCUCAAAAUUUGAUACUCUAUUGAUACGACGCGCUUGGGGCGGAAAAGAUUUCCAAAAGGCUCUUGAAGGUUUCUCAGAGUUCUGGUUAUUGGCAAAACCUACUUAGAAAACUUCAAACCUAUCAAACACAUUUCUAACGUAUUUAGCAUCGCUUUUUACCUAGAAAACUAUAAUAGCAGUUCUCUAGGUGGAAAUAUCACUGAGUUAUGGUCUCAUCAUCUGAAGGAUUUUUGAAAACAUUCGCACUUUUUCAGUCUUUUCCUAUCUUCUCCUAAAAGGAAAAACGUUUUGAAAAAAGCGAAGCAUACUUUUGUAGUGCGUCUCAAGGCGGUUCGAAUGGCGUAAGAAUCAAGGCUUUUUCGCUUUACACAAAAAAAUUAAAUAGGUUUGCAAAGUGCCCCUCUUCCUGUUUUGAAAUUCCCUCUUCAGAUGCGCGCCUAAGUUCCAGAUUUUGAGUCGAAAUUUAAAAAGCUACUGGUCUAGAACCAGUUUUUCACGCUGAUCCCGAAUAUCAUAUCGCUGACUUUUCAAAGUGGUUCAGAGCGGAGAUACUGUAGUUUUUCUGGGAAGAGGUCAACAUUUCGGAAAAUCACGCUCUUAAUUUUUCUCCUGGAAAACGCGGACUAAGAAUUUUUUAACUAUGAUGCUCCUAAUCAGGCUAGAAUUCUGCGUAUAUAUAAGCAGAAAAUAUAGACCCUCUUGAUCUUUGAAUUAUGGGCGCGUUAAGAAAAACUUUCAAGUUCUUCGACACUUACAAAACACAGUACGGUACUUAUUUGCCAACUUGCUUGUUAUCGUGUGUUUCAUUUCAGUUCGCUUUGGAGUACUCUUACUAGUUUCAUAAUGCUCAUCCUCUCUUCAAACAUUCACAAACAGCUAUGUAAGUCUGCCUAGGCUGAAAAAUGUCUAAAUUUCUAUUCUGAAAAUAUCGUAAAAGAGUCGUUAGUGAAAUAUUCGUAUCAUGAAUUUUCCGUCCUCUUAGAUACAACAACAACAACAUUUUUGGAUUUACCAAUAGAUCUUAUUUACGAUUUGUUUGAAUAUUUUUAUCUACAAGACUUAUUUUAUGCAUUCUGGAAUAUCAAUCAAAAUCUGAAUCAAAUAAUAACAAAUUCUACAUUACCAUUAUACAUUAAUCUUACACCCGAAGAUAUCAAAAACGAUUUUUUGGUAUUUCUUCGACAUGAAAUUAAUCCGCAUCAAAUUAGUUUGUUAAAAGUUAAUAAUUUAUUUACAUCACAAAGAUUAUUGGAAAAACAAAUGCAUAAAUCGUUUACAUGUCUUAGAUCGUUAACACUUAAUAACAUGAAUAUAAAACAAAUAACACCGAUUUUAAAUUAUCAUCGACAACAAAAGCAAUUACAGUAUUUGAAUAUCGAUGCUAGUAAAUUCGUACAAUUUAAUGAAAUUAAUGAUUUAAUCGAAAUUGUAUUGCAACUUGCAUCAUUAACAACAGUUGUUCUCAAUUUUAUGCCAACAAACAAAGUUAUUUCCCAUAGAAAUUUGACAUUGACAAAAUCAAACAUAAAAUGUUUAACAGUAAAAUCAUGUUGUCAUUUAAACACAUUUUAUUCAUUAUUG